AUACAAUUAAACUUCAGUUUUGUCACCGAACGCAGUUUGUUAAGCUCUCGUUUGGUUCGGUUUACUAGCAAAAGUUUGGAGCUGUUAAACAUUUUACUAGUGAAAACGGGAUUAUCAGUGUCUGCUUUCGCGAUAAAUGGUAUAGUUUUUGAAGUAGCGAUCGAAAAUCCGUAUUUUUUUACACGAAUUCUCUGUCGAGCUGGCAGAAAAGCCUCAAUGGAAGAACUCCAGUUUUUGACCUAAAAAUAAUUCAACAUACAGGCAUCUUUUCUCCUGCUUCCUCAUACGCGAGUGUGCCUUCAUGAAUGUACGUGCAAAGGUGCUGUGCUGCUCAUCGCUAUCCAGCUGUCUUGCUUCCGCACAUAGCGGUCGGUAUCGCAAUGGAGUGUGUUGUACAACAUUGAUGAGAGAAUCCAGCCGAUUAGAGCAGAAAAAUGUGCUGUAGAAGUGAUGGUUUUGUAUGGAAAGAAUCACACUGACUGGUGAUACAAGUACUAUUGUCAGAGAGACAAGUGAAUAAGAUUCGAAUACUGGAGAAACAGAUGUGACUGUUGUGAAUUGAAAAGUUUGGAAGAUAUUUUGUGCGAAGUAUUAUCGAAGCUUGGCUUGUUUUAUACUGUAAACAAAGUUUUAUUCAAACAUGACAGAUCAAACAUCUGGUCACGAUCAUCAAAUAGCCCUUUAUCUUCAGUAAUUACUUAAUAUUAAAUAGCUUUGUCGAAAAUCACGAUUUUGAAAUUUUAGUCGCUGGUACUUAUUUGGAAUAUUGAACUCCAACAGCAGUGAAUAAUUGAAAAUACUAUACAGUAAAAUUUACUCAAAAAACAUUAAAACAUUUCAAACAAUAUCUCCAACGAUCUUAAGCACCUACAAGAAGCACACUGCAUCCAUUUUCAACUGAAAACCAAGAGAGAACAGUUUGUAUGAGGAGCGCAUUUGUGAUCAUUCUCACUUUUCCGCUUCAAUUAUUUGGUAUGCGAUUAGAUGAUAGGCUGUUAAUUUUCUUCUCAGUGUAAAUUUGAGAAAAUCGAGUUGUACAGUGCUACUGAUGUAUCAUAUCUGACCAGGCAGUGAUAAAGUGUCAAAUUUUUUUUAUAGAAAACAACAAAAAUUCAAUGCAAACUGCCAUAAACUGAUGAUUUUUUCGGCAGCAAUAUAGCCAGAAAAUUUUCUUGUUUACAAUUUAUGACAUUAGUGGAAGCUGCUGUUUGUGUGUAGGUGUCAUCGGAAUGAAAAAAGCAGAUAAUAGUGAAAGAAUGUGAGAGUGAGAUCUAACUGUAUCUCAACAGCACAAGUACAAUGCAAUAAAAGUAAAAAUCUGCUCAACUGGCAAUUGUCUAUAAACAGAAUCAGUUCUGUUGACAAGUUUAAUGCUUCAAACAAGUGAGUUUGUUUAUGUUUACGAAGAAACAUAACGCCGCCAUGUUUGAAGUUUGGUUGUGAGUGAGAUGCGGAUAACUAUGCUGAAGACGAGCACAGCGAAGACGUAAUUGUGAUUUUGUGUUUUUGUUCAAUGAAAAAGUAAUGAAAAGUUAAAUGAAAAUACCAACACCGAUAUGCAAACAUAAAGCUGGAGUGAUAAAAGUGGAGGUUGAAUAAUUAGCUGAAUAUGUGUUCGUUACCGACGUAAACACGCAUCGUACAUACACAGAUCAAACGAGAAGUACUUUUAAAAUGUAGACACUAAGCGAUUUCUAAACUUUAACUUAUAGUGCUGUAGAACCGAAAAACCAGAAAAGAGUUUUAAAUUGAUACUAUCUACGCCAUAUCUGUGCAGAAUAUCUUUGUCUUGAUUUGUCUGACAGUUUGAAGAAAUAAUGCAUCCCAGUGAAAAAAAAAUUUUCUGAACAGUGAUCAAAUACAAUCGUUACAUCAGCUCCGACUAAAAUCGCGCAAAAUACGUCAAUAUGGAGACCUUAACAGAGAGCAGCAUUGCUACGAAUCUUCGUACUGAGCCGCUAAUUCCCACAUCCCCGGAUGAAGAACGUACCAUACAUGAUCUCCACAACAACAACAACGACGAUGAGGAUGUGACCAACCCCAGUAAUUUACUCGAAGACCAAUCGCAAUCGUCUCAGGAUAGCAGUAAUCUGGCACUUCCUGAUACACGACGACGACGUGAUUGCACCGAAGAAACGGCCGGCAGCAUGGCAAAAGAAAUGCAUAGUAGUGGCUCGUCGGACAAUAGUUGUCCUGAUGCUGCGGAUUCGCAGCCAGAACGUGACGUGACGGAAAACACGGAUUCCAGCAGUAUACCGCUACCGUGCGAACCGGAUGUCAGUGUUUCACCCUCGAUCGAAGUGCCCCCGGAGGAAGCGGCAGCGAUUGCUGCCGCCCCCACUCCUAAGAUACAUAUUGCUCCCAUAACCAAUGGCAACUUGCUGCCGAAAUCUACCGGGAAACCGACCACGAUGCGGGAUUUGGAUCGUAAAAUGAACAAAUCACGCGGUCGGCCGAAACGGCGCCCAAUGGUGGCUAUGUAUCAAAGUGAGAUAAGCGAAAACAAAAUCGGUAUCAAACUGUGUAUAAAGAAAGCAUCUGAUGCGAUAGUACAACAACCAAAGAAAGUGACUCGUAAACGAUCGCGUAAAUCCAAAAGCCUUACGGAGAACAGUGAUGAGGAUGUGGGCGGUGCCGCCUCGCCGGAGAAGCGAUCCCGAAAACCACGGGAAUCUACCGGUCGCAGGACCAACAACAAUACGGAAAAGGGUGCCCAGGAGGAACAUAAACCACCGGAAGAUCAGAGUGUUUGGGCAGACCAACUACCGGAGCAUGUGCUGUGCAUGAUCUUCCAAAAUGCCAUCCUCGACGAGGGCUGUAUUCCAUCGUUGGUUCGAUUUGGCAAGGUGUGCUCCGCCUGGCAUAGAGCGUCCCAAGUGUCUUCUCUCUGGAGAACGGUAGAUCUCGGUACUUGGACUAAGGAACGGUUCAAGACUGAGCUGAAGUUGAAGUGGCUUAUCGAUAAUCGCCUUCGCAACAGUACCGAUGUUAGUUUGGGAAACUGGAAGGUUACCAACGUUCAAUGUGUAUUGGAUAGGCUGCUGGCAGCCGCUCCCAACCUAGUUGGAAUCACACUUAACGGUUGGAAACAACUUACCUCCGAACAUCUGAUGUUCUUAGUUCAGGAGUUCAAGAGCCUUCGACGAAUCGAUUUGAGCUCCAUAAACGCUGAAGUUAACGCCAACAAAACAGCAGUUGGGCAGGUUUCACUGUGCAACGCAAUCUCAGAGAUGGGUGAACGGUUAACUCAUCUUUAUCUGGCCCACAACCGUCUCAGUGGCAUUCCACAGAUUGUUAAGGCUCUUUCGACCCAGUGCCCAAACAUGAUCUUGUUAGAUCUAUCUAAUGUAAGCACAAUAGCCGUUUCACAUGGUAUACUCAACAUCGAACAACUUCAGCAUGGCUGCCAGAAGCUCAAAGUGCUAAGGAUAACCAACUCGCACAUCAAUCUAAGCACGGCAACACUUCAAGAACAGAUGGAGUCACCAGGUUUUCCCGAACUUGAGGAAUUGUCGGUAGCCUCUUUAGCCGAUGAAUCUCGUCUCUUCAACGAUGAAUACCUUCAAAGGAUUCUUAAAACCAGUACCCAACUUAAAUUACUGGACUUGCGAGGCUGCUCUCGGUUAACCCACGACAGUUUAAUUCGAUUACCCACCUGGGAUCUGAAACAUCUAUUUCUUUCCGGUUGUUCGAUUACCAGGGACGUAGGUUCGGGUCUGGAAUUAAUUGCUUCCAAAUGGGCACAUAGUCUAAUAGAAUUUGACCUGGCAUGGGCUAACGCAACCAAACCUCUGGAUGAUGCCCUGAAAGCGUUAGCAGAUAAAGGUUCCGAAUCACCUUUGAACCACCUCAAUUUAUGUGGAUCAUCGGUUUCGCUGGAAGCGGUCAAAGAAGUUCUUACCAACUGCCCGCACAUCAACUCCAUCAAUCUCUCCUCCUGUCGUGGCCUUCCCCGUGGCGUCAAGCGACUACUGCAGGGUCCAACAGAGAUCGCCGAGCUGCGUGAAAAUCUCGGUGUGACAUUGAAACAACCCAAGCUAAUUGAAGCUUAAAAACCGCCAGCAGGAUACAACCUGGGGACAGUGAACCUCAAACGAUAAGUUAUUAUGUGCGGUCGUAAUGUUGGUGAUACGCAGCACAAAAAAAACGGUGAGAUUACCGGCGGGCAUAUUAGUAUAUUGCAAAAAGACUAUUUUGUGAUAUUUUUACUCUGUGGAAGCAAUUCCAGCUGUGGAUGCUUUGCUGGCGACGAUUUAUCAGAUUGUUGCUGUAGAUAGUUCUGUUCUCCGGGUUUGCUAACCCUCAACGGUACAUCAGUCUGUACCGCCAACAAUGUGCUAUCACGUCGCCCAUUGAACGAUCUAGAAUUAUCUCGAAUCAUAUAUUUAUUUGCUAUAGUUAAAUGUUUUGUGCGCAAUAUUUUUGAUCCCAGUUUUAUUAGAUUCCUUUGGCAGCUUACGUCAAUCUCAUACUUUAUCAUCAACCAUAUUUAGGCAAGCUAAAACGAAAUGAAUCAGUACAAAUUGUUUACGUUGUUGUUUAGGCGAUAUUGAAAAAAAAAAAACCAAUGGAAAAUUAGGCUCUCUAAUUUGUCUUACCCUGUGGUAUGGAAAUCGCGAUCUGCAAGAGAUAACCAAUGGUGAUUUUGGUUACAUCUGGUAAAUGUUCAACAGAGCUUCAAUCAUAAAGUUAUGACAAAUGAACUUGGAUUGGUGUCAAAUUCAUGGUAGCGGUUGAGAUACAGAAAUAACUGAUGCGGAAUUGUUUAAAAUUGUUGAUAUAAAGCCAAGGAAUAUGAUAAGCGUUACGAUCUGAUCAUAUACUGAUAAACUAAAACAAAAUUUUAUGUUGCGCGUAAGAACAUGAGUCGGAAGUGUAAAAAUGUAAAGAUCUCCUAUAGAAAUAUUAUUAUGAAGGCAUAUUCAGCAACACAAUAGUUUGAAAAUGUUACGAUUCUAUAAUAGUGAAUGGAUAUCAAAAUCUAGAACCGAUGUAGAAAAGAAGUUUGCUUAUUACAAACACUGUUAGUUCAACGAUAAAAACACGAUAGAGCAUGCGAAAUGAAAAGUCGAACGGAAGUCGACGAGCAUUGAAUUUCUGCGUAUGGCAGAAACUGUUAUACAACCACAACAUUCAACGGCCAUUUAAGUUCAUGGCGACUUGUACACCACAACAAUGAAAAUUUCGAAUUUCAGUUCGAUUUCCCGUCGAAAUAGUACCGAGAUCGCAAUCAUUAUCAACAUACUGUACAACAAUCAUUAUGUUGUUAAUUGAAGCUGGUGAGCAGUUCCCAGAACUUAGAAACAGAAAAAGGUUGCAAAAUCAGAAUCGCCUUGCUUCGGUUUGGAAGAAACUUUACACACGUCUUCAAUAUGUUAGAACCCAUUGUAUCAAUGGAUGGAAAAUUUUGACCCACAAUAAUUUGAACGGUUUUUUUGUUGCAUGCACUUUCUUCGAAUCGUUGUAAUUCGAAUACUGAUAAUUGGAUAAAAAAAAGAGAAAGUUUUUUGACGCAGGACUACGUUUUUCUUUACUAUGGGGGUGCAUUUUCAAAGUUUCACAAUACGACAAUGUAACAAAAAUUACUUCGGUUUUGUUUUCUUAAUAGUUUUUCCCUGUUUGAGUAUUUUCCCUAAUUCUUUCACGAAACAGUUGAAAAAAGAUGUAAGAUUGUUGUUAAUACCACGUUUAUUACGAAAUAUUGUUUAAAUAGUAACAAAAUAGGUUCAAACACGAAACAUUAAAAUCUACCGAAUCUAUAAAUAGACCCUGUUGCACGUUUGCUAGCUUCAGUCUAUGAUAACCCGCGAACGGAGACACAUCGGGUGCGCAGGCUGCUAUCUACGCCCAGACAGUUGAACUACACAAUGACGAACAUGAGUCUCCGUUCCUCAGGCCUAGACGCAGAAAAACAACUAGUUCCUCUGUGCGUCAUAUCUGCUGUUGAACGUUUGCAGUAUGAGUUUCGCUUCGAACAAAAGCGAUUGCGUCAUACAGCUUCUGGUCGUUUGCAUUGGAGGAAAAAAAACGAAAAGUGGACAACGAUGGGUAAUAUAAUACAGUACGUUCUCAUGGCUCUAAAUGAUGUUUAAAGAACUAUUAUGAUUACUUUCUUUGUAAAUCAAAGGUGAAAAUCAUCAGUUUAGUACAAAUCUAGAAUAAUUCGAUUAGCUUCUUGCACUUUUCGUUGUGCGAAAUUCGUUCGAGAAAAAUGUGUUUAAUAUCGUAGAGAGUUCCACAAUUUGGCUCUUCUGAAUGCCAGAAAUGAAUCCCGUAUAGCAUUUUUAUAAUUUCUUUCAAUGAAGUAUGCAAAUCCGAAAUGAAUCCACAUCAACAUUCUAUAUUUUGCUAUUUUUGUGGCUGUUGGGACGUCCCAUUUGUGGAAAAGAUACAAACGAAAUCAAGUAAAACGAAAGCUCCUAACUAAAACUUCUGUUUGGAAUGCAGUGCGAACAGACACAAAGUCAGUUUCGCUUCAAACAAAAGCGAUUGCGUCAUACAGCUUCUGGUCGUUUGCAUUGGAGGGAAAAAACGAAAGGUGGACAACGAAGAGUAACAUUAUACAAAACGUUUUCAUGGCUCUAAAUGAUGUUUAAAGAAGUAUUAUGAUUUUUUUCUUUGUAAAUCGUUCGCAGUGCAGCUUUUCGCUUCAAACAAAUGCAGAAAGCUCAUCAAAGUGUGAACACAACGGAGAGAACACAUAUACAAAUCGACAAUUCUAAGUGAUUGUCGAUCUUUAUGUACAACAUAAAGCUUUUUAAUUUACGAGUUAAAAUUCGAAGACUAUUAACUCCAUUCAUCACGCGUUCAUUCGUGAUCUCAUUUUCUAGAACCUACAUUUAUACCUAUUGUAAAACCUACUUGUUUGUGGUUCGUGUAUGGCGAUGACAGGAGCAUUCACGACAACUCCUACUGCUGCUCUAGAGGUGCUACUGUGCAUUAAACCACUACAUGUGUUCCUAAAACAAGAAGCAUUAUCUUGUGCAUACCGUCUUAAGGUUCCAAAGCCCUGUAGGAACAGUAACCCUUUAGAUUAUGCUACUAGCCACACUCGCUUGUGGUCUCAAAUGGUUACGUGGGAUGAGUAUUUACUCGCUCCUAGUGACCUAACUCUCACAUGCAGUUUUCCUUCCAAAACAUUCAAUGUGAGCUAUCCUCUUCGUGAGGAAUGGUUGUCUGGUUGUCUGGAACGACAACUUGAUGAACACAUAGAUUGUUAUACGGACGGUUCUCUUUUGAAUGGUCGUGCUGGUGCUGGUGUCUACUGUCGUGAAAUGAGGCUGGAACAGUCUCAUUCACUUGGUAGAUACUGAACUGUGUUCCAAGCAGAAAUCUACGCAAUUCUGUGUGGAGUACAAUCGGCACUUCAGCAGAGGAUAUGUGGUAAACGAGUUUAUUUUAGUUCCGACAGUCAGGCAGCCUUAAAAGCACUCAGUUCGAAUGACUCACGGUCGAAUCUAGUGAUCGCAUGUCGAACUCAAAUUGAAGACCUCAGCAUUUCAAAUGCUGUUUACUUCUUAUGGGUACCCGGCCAUUCUGGUAUUACUGGAAAAGAAUGGGCUGAUGAGUUGGCUAGAGCUGGUGCAACGAAUGAUUUCGUUGGUCCUGAACCAGCUUCACCACUUUCAACUAGUUGGAUAAAGCACAAGAUUCGUUCUUGUGCUGCAUCCAAACAUGCCAGCUACUGGCGCAGCUUGCAAACUUGCGCUCAGACAAAAGCAUUUCUACAAGAUUUAAAUCUGAAAAUGUCAAAGUGUCUACUGCAUUUUUCCAAGCAUCAUUGCAGUAUUCUGGUCAGAGCUCUGACUGGACAUUGCAAACUCAAUUAUCACAUGACUACUAUUCAACGUGCUGAGUAUUGUUCGUGUGAUUUGUGUGAAUGCGAUUACGGUACUUCAUAUCAUCUGAUAUGUAACUGUCUCGCAUUGACGGAACUACGUAUCCGGCUUUUUGGUUCUCCAUACAUGAUUGAGUCUGUGUAUGCGGAGCUAAAAUUAAAGGAUAUUCUCUCGUUUCUCACCCAAUGUGGUAGGGUUCAUCGUUCUUCCUGGAGUGAAUGAAUCCUUUCUGUAUUCACCUUAAAUAGGGUUUAGCAGAUUGUUUGGCAUACUUUAUGGGGUACCGAAUUUACUUCUGCUCAUACAUACUGUGAAUCGUUCCGCAUUCUUCCGGGAUGGCAGAAUGGUGUCGCUUUUGUAAAAUCUCUAAAUCCUCUCGGGGGUUGGAGGUUUUAUUAACUGUGCAUCGUUUAUCAGAAGGAAUGCACAUAGUAACAAACCUAAAUAGGUUUUACAGCAGACUGUUCGGGACCUCGUAGAGGUACAGAAUUUACUUCUGCUUUCACUAAAUGUGAUCCCCAGCAUGUUGUUCAGCAUCCCUUAGGGGUGCAGAAUUUACUUCUGCUUUUCUGUGUUUUUGUGUCGUCAAUUUUCCCCAUUCUCCUAGUCCAAACCUUACCAUUUCCCUUCAAUCCUUCCCUCUUAUAUAUCGGGAAAAUUAUGCUAAAAACAAAUUGAUGGCAAGGCACAAAUCUCCAAAUAUCAAGGGGAACGUGCCAUUUGAACCAAUUUGUUCUGAUUCCUGUUAAAAAAGUAUCCCGAAUUUUGAAUUUUCGAGGGGGCUACGUAUGUUCAAUUUUUGAUCUUUUGGUAUCGUUAUGUUGGUACUCAUGACCCUCACUUGUAUCGACAAUUUCGACCAUUUCGAGUGUCCAGUCAGUUUUUAACAGCUACUGUGCGUAGAUAUGUUUUAGCUUGUCAGAUUUUCGUCUAUCCCAAAAUAUGGAUCAAAGAAUUUGUAUGAAAUUUUGUUGUAUACUGACAAUAAUUGCAUAUCAGUUCCAUAUUGAUAAUCGACAAGUUGAGAAAACGAUGAUUUUUUCGUUACUGAUCCGUGAUACUAUUGAGUCAUAUACAUAGACUACAUUAUAAUCUUUUCAUUCGUCAUUUUGUUUUUCGUUUAUAUAAAAUCUGUUACGAAACAAGAUGAGUCCCAUAUGCGAGUACCCUUUUUAACGAACGAAAAGAUACUCGCUUAACGGUCUCAUCUUAGCAUGCUGUGCUUCUCUCGCACUUGGCAAAAUUUCAUGUAUGAUGUUCCAUACGUGUGAAAAUUUAAAGCGUUCAAUAUAACUAAGUUUGUGGUAUCAUGUCAGUAGGGUCGCCGAGACAAAAUACGGGCCCGAGGGGAUUGCAGUAUCACAUGAGAAUAAAUCCUCCAUGUAUUUCCCACGCCAAAACGCGACUCUCACAUGACUUACAGCUUAAGGAGAAAGACUCUUUGCAAGUGUAACCAUUCCAUUCAGGUUUUUGAGUUGAUUUCACAAGCAGUAAUAGGAAUGAAUUGUACAUCCCUAACAAAAACGUGUUGAAUCAACUGUCAAACAUAUCUAACAAAAAUAACCGAUCUGAAGCCAUUGAGAAACAUGCCAAUUAUAAAAAGUUUUGAUUGCUCUCAACAAUGUGUGCGUAAAAACAAGUUCGUUUACCUUUUUCCUGAUUUUAUCAAAUAAAACUGACAUAGAUCAACAAACGAAACAAAUCAGUGAUUUCUCUUAAGAAUUGCAAUUUUAGGAAAGUAAAACUCUUAGUCGAAAACUGUACGAUUUGUCUGAAAACUGGUUAUGAUAAAUAUUCCGGUCUCAGUUUACUUGCACUAACACACUCCAUUAGAAACUAACACUAUUCCAGAUGGAGUUUUAUUGCUAAAUAAAAAAGUACAUACAACCUUUGUUUUGCUAAACAAACGGCCAUAGAUACUGCAGGUUGUCGUAAAACCCUUUUUUCAGAAAACUGUUUUCCCAACAUUAUUAUUUAUUGUUAUAGCUUUAUAGAGGUUUUAACCUUAAGGUCAUUUGCCUCUUCGGGCCAGAAAAAUUUUCUAACCCUAUGAGCGAGGAUGGGAAUCGAACCCAAGUGGGCUGCGUGAAAGGGCAUCGACUUACCCAUCACGCUAUACCCGUCCCCAGAAUGUUUAAUGUUUAAUUGUGCACACAAACUAACACCAGCUAACUUGGUUUACAUUUGUUGCUUAAGGGGCGGGUAGGGUGUUACAUUUUUGAAAAAUCAUUUAUUGUUUUCUUUCUAUUUUUCUGAUAGUAAAAUAUUUCAAGAAUAUUCUGUGAAAUUUUGAAGCCUAUCGGAAUAGAACUCAGCAAGUUAUGGGCCUUUAACUUUGCCCAUCUCAUACUACGAAGAAAGAAGAGCUGCGCACACAGGCCCAAGAUUUCUGCUUCGAUUAACUCAAAAACUUGACAAAACAUUCUCGAAAUGUUUCAUUAUAAAAAAAUACAAUAGAAAAAAUUUGGCUUUUUGAGAAUGUUAGAGCCUUCGUGCUCCCUUGAGUAAUAAAUUGUUUCCUUCGAUUUUAUAGACAAUAAACCCCCAAAAUUUCAAAAAA